AUGAGUACUUUCGGUAGCCCCGGCCCCUUGCCAACUACAAAGCCAACACCACCACAGCGUGGAAGCUUCCCUCUGGAUCAUGAUGGUGAGUGGGCUGUACAAGCCAACACAUCCAAUGGAACAAUUUUGACCAAAGUAACUGCAGGCGAGUGCAAGACUUAUAUGGCAAAGUACCUUUCAUUCAAAUAUCUCGGAACAAAGCGGGCUAAUGGCGACGGGUAUUUCAGAAACUUGAUGGCCAGGGACGAAUUCAAAAACCUUGGUUUCACAGAAUCUCCACCUCCUUCAGCUGUAAAAGCAACGCUAGAGGGCGAUAAGGAAACCAAGCAUUGA